AAAUGAAAUCUCUUCAAGAACCUAAAAAGCAACAAUCUUUGUAGAUUUUAGUAAAGAAAGAGAGCGACUUGGGCAAGUAAAGCAUCUUUCAAUGAUAUUUGCAUCUUGAUUUGGUUGAGUGGAAGAAGGAAUUAUCAGCGGUGGACGCUGGUGGUGGAAAUGGCUACCAAGGAGGUUGUGUAUGCUUUAAAAGAUGAUGAUUAAACAAGAGUUACAGAAGCAAUUAGGAUGCAUGAAUGGAAUCUUUCAGCUGUUUGACCGGCGUUACCUCCUUGGCCAACGCCGCCGCCACAACCAGAAGAGGCUACCUCCACCUUCAGGUCAAAGUGGCAAUGGUGACAAAGACUUUAGCAAGCCUUCAGAGCAAACCAAGGAAAAAAACUCCAAGGUAGCCAUGAAAGAGAAGCAGAGAGUCUCUGUUGAAUUACCAAGAAACUCGGUGUCUUCUUCUACUUCAUCUAACGCUUUGUCAUCUUUAGAUUGUUGUAAAAGAGUUCAAACAGAACAAUCGUCGUCUUGCCAAAGUGUAGUCUCUGAACCCUCUUCAUCGCCAUUCUUAACCAGAAAACAACCAGAUUUUUCUAUACAAUCACCUGAUAUCAGAGAUGUAGUCAGGGAUUCCAUGAGUAGAGAACCUCGUGUAGUAUCAAUCAAAGCUAUGGUGGGUCCUCCUAUGAAGCAUAUCGAUUCCCCAAGGCCAUUCCCACAUAAGAAGACCAGUCAAUCCGAUGAAAACGGUCGAAACCAGCGGGAAAUUCCAUGGUCAGCCAAGGAAGUAAAGGAGACAACACGGAGGUCAUGUGAUGGAAGGGAAUCACGAUAUUCUUUGAAAUCCAAUAUGAAGAUCAAAGAGCUUCCAAGGUUAUCAUUAGACAGCAGGCAAAGCUGUAUCAGUAAUUCCGCCAUUGAUGCAAGAAAAAGCUUGCUAGGUGACAUGGAGAGCGCCGCAAGAACUAAUAAACGACCAUCAUCAGGUGUUGUCGCAAGGUUGAUGGGUCUGGAAUCCUUAACAGCCGCCAUUGAUGAAAGUGCGACGUUGAAGACACCUUGCUCAAGUCAAGAAUCGGUCUCAAAGUCAAAAUCAAGAAAAGAGGAGGAACUAAAGAGGGGAGUCGGUCAUGUAAUUACAAGAAUACCACUGGAAACAGCUCCAUGGAAGCAGGAGGGUAGUAAUCGAGGCGCACAGAAGCCACCAUUCAAGAGUAAGGAAGAUCCAGAAAAAUCCGCACCUGCUUCCCCUUCCAUUUAUGGCGCGAUCGAGAAACGGUUGACUGAACACGAUUUUAAAUCAUCAGGGAAGGAUCUCAGAGCCCUUAAACAGAUACUAGAAGCAAUGCAGAAGACACGAAGGAGGUUAGAGUACAAAGAUCAUGCAUUGGACAACAACAGCACCAUUGAUGAUCAUAAACCAGUUUCCCCCACCAUUAAGGGAAUUAGCCCUCCCAGGAAACAUGAAUUCCUGAAAGUCGACAUAAAACCUGCGACGCUAACUUCAGAUUCCAGUUCCAUUGGUAGGGGCAGAUUGAAAGAUUCGAUCCGGAGAGAUAAGAAGUCAACUAGUAGACCACUGUCAACUUCAAACUUUCCAGAUUACAUAUCCACAAGUUCAAGAUAUUCUGGGCCACCGGGCCCAAGAAUUCAAAGAUCAAAGAAUGGUGUAGACAAGCCAUUGAUACAUGGACCUUCAUCUGAAUUGAGCAGGACCAGAAAGCAACCCGGUAUGCAAGUGGGCUCAAGAACAAGAAAACCAAAGGCCAAAUCCAUGGAUACAUUGCAAGAAACAAGAACUUUUAGUCAACAGAGUGAUACAGUUUCCUUUCGAUCAGAAAGCAACAGUUUGGCUUCACAAAGUGAUUCAGAAGUCAUGAGCACCGAGUGGAUGCAAGAGGUGAAUAGCCCAUUUCGACCAAAGGAAAACCACAGGGGUAAUAUAGCAGAAAGGUUGACCGAAGAGAAGUCAAUGGUUGACCAUGCCAAACAUACCAUGGAACAACCAAGUCCUGUAUCUGUUCUUGAUGCGUUCUAUACAGAAGACCCACCAUCUCCAGUGAAGAAGAAAUCCAAUGCUUUUAAUGAUGAGGAGAAUUUACACUUUGAAGAAGCACAGUGUUCUGAGUUCAGUAGCAUGAAACUAGAAAACAUAAAGAAUCUAGUUCAUCAAAUUGAGUUAUUGAACACCAAGGCUGAUGAUGCUAGUGUCGAUCACACUCCAUGUGAGGGUGAAACUGGAGAUGAAAGAUAUGUAAGAGAGAUAAUAAUAGCCUCAGGUUUCUUAAAAGAUCUGGUUCGCAUCACCACAAUAGUGCAGAUUCAUCCAACAGGUGGUUUAAUCAACCCUGAGUUGUUCCAUGUUUUGGAGAAAACCAAAGGAUGUACAGACUUCAACCACAAAUCAAAAUCCAAGGACAAAAUCAGAAGAAAAAUGGUAUUUGAUACUGUGAACGAUGUUCUUGGCCACAAAUUAGGCAUGCUAGGUCCUUUUGGGCCUAAAGGGAGGAUUUUGAAUGAAGACAAGCUACUGAAAGAAGUAUGCUCAGAAAUCGACAGUCUGCAAAAUAAGUCCAAGAGAGGCGUAUAUGAUGAGGAUGAUGAUGAAGUGAUAAACAUCAUAAAUGCAGAUGUGAAUAAGAGAUCACAAGAUUGGGAGGAAUACUGUUAUGAGGUUCCAGGUCUAGUGUUAGAUAUAGAGCGUCUGAUUUUUAAAGACUUGGUCAGUGAGGUUGUGAAUGCUCAAGUAAACAGUCUACAAGAUUGGUCAGUGAGGCAUCGUAGACAAUUGUUUCCCAUGUAGAAGUUGAAUCCUGUCAUCCUUUUAAGUUUUCAUUUUCUUAUCUUUUGCUGGCUUUAGAAGCACAAGUUUAGAUUAGUGAAAGCAUGUAUCUGCAAACCAAAAGCAUAUAAAUUAUAGUACAAGACUAAUUGACUGCAUUUAUGUAUAUCACUUC